AGAAAUUUCAAGGCAAUCAUGAGUGCAAUGUAAUCAUUCUGUAUAAAACUGUAUGAGAAAUAGGUUUUAAAAUGAAAACGUACUAACAACACACUAUCUCUACAUGCCCAUUUUGAAAAAGAAAUUAUAUCAUUAACAGGAAAUAAAGAUUAUUACUUAUUCAUAUUAGGCCUGACUCCAACACGGGUAAUCGGAUUGACUGCGAAAUAGCUCUACAAACACUUUUCUCGUACUCAGAGGAAGUAUUUACGUAGGCAAAUACUGCUGGGCUCUGGCAAAAGUGGGAGAAUUUGGGCUUCUCUGAUUCAAAGAUUUAUUAUUGACAAAACCGUCAGUUGCUCAAACCCCACAAAAUGGUUUCAACUGAACAGUCACACCACUAGCUGGAGAAAGGCACGCAUGUGAUAAGGAAGGAGAAUGAAAAAGCUUAUUGACGUGCUGACACACAGCUGAUAAGGAAAACAAAAACCCACUUAAAAAAAAAAAAACCAACAGUUGAGUAUUAGUCGAAGUCAAGAGCAGCAUCUGGUUUCCUUUCUCUCCCAAUGUCAAGAAGAUGUUGGCAAUGAUGCUGAAGCUAUUUCCAGUUCUAGCCAUCCUUACAGGCCCCGUCAGCGGCGUUGUGGUGACCGUCCCUGAGAAGGCAGUGAAUGUCACUACAGGUGGAAACGUAACCCUCCUCUGUACCUACAAGGAUUCUGGACCGCUGGGAAAUUUCUUUAUUCAGUGGAGCUUUUAUAGUGCCAAAGAGAGCCAACUCCAUACCAUCUAUUAUUGUUCAGAAGACCAGUCUUACUCCUAUGGACAGUUUAAGAACAGGAUAACAGCCGCAACAGGUCCAGGGAACGCAUCGAUCACCAUCUCCAACAUGCAGCCCUCUGACACUGGUGCCUACACCUGUGAAGUUUUCAGCCCACUGGGUGACACCGGCCAGAGUCAGAAAACCGUGAUUGUCAGUGUGCUGGUCAAACCAUCAAAGCCUUUCUGCAAAAUAGAAGGGACGCCUGAAAAAGGCCACCUAACCUACCUCUCAUGCAAAUGUGAAGAAGGAUUGCCUCACCCUACCUACCACUGGUACAAAGUAGACGAGAAUACCCUCACGCCUGUGACCGAAAAAUUUAAUCCAAACACUGGCAUUCUUUACAUCGGCAAUCUCACCACCUUUGAAACUGGGCACUACCGGUGCGUAGCCAGCAACAUCCUGGGCAACAGUACCUGUGAGCUUGACCUAACCACACACUAUUCAGACAGUGCUAUUGUUGCUGGAGCACUAAUUGGAGCAAUCCUGGCAGCUGUUAUCAUUUGUGUUAUCGUCUGGAUUUUAACCAAGAAAGCAAAGACUAAGAAGUUGUCAACUAAUGAGAUGCGUGAAACGGCUCAGAAACAACCCAAUGCAGAGUACACUGAGGUACCUAAUGAAGAAAAUGUUCCCAUGACCACUGUUCCACCAAGCAAUGCAACAAAUGAAUACCCUAGUGUUGAUGAAACAGCAGCCUCUGUAAUCCCUGAAAAUGAUGAGAAGCAAGAAGCGGGAAAAGAAGAAAUAGCCUAGAGUUUUCCUUGUCAGCUUUGGACCCCUUUAUACAAAAAUUGUUGUCACUGAAUUAACAUAGAAGCAUGACUAAAGCUUAAAGGGGCAUGUGUACGGUGAACCACUGGGCUGGAGAUUGAAAAGGGUCUAUACACACGCACUUUGUGAAUAGCAGAAGAUUUGGCCUUUAAAGUUAACCCAAUUUCAUUUAUUAUCUAGUUGUAAUUGUAUAUAAGGAUAAAAAGACUAUCAUCCACACUUAUCCAACCUAUUUUGCAAAACGAAUUAGGAAAUGGGCUGAAGCAUUUGACAAAGUAAGAGCUUUCCGGUCACCGAUCAGUAAUGCUGUAUGUAGCCAUACAGUUCUGAACCACCCCAGUCUUCUCCAGAAACAGCGUCGGCCAACCUCAUGCUUCCCGUGCCCCAUGGACAAUCAUCACGGCCAAUACAUUGCAGUGAUUAAAGGAUCUGAUUUUGCACGUCAGAAGUAGAAAGAAGUUUCAUCAAUGUCAUCAGAGUGCAGAAACAGAUAUUAAGACCUGGACCAGUGAAAUCUUGUGUGUCUGAAUUCCACCUAAAGCUAAAAAAAAAAAUAUCCCAGAAACUGUUACGCUGCUGCUGCCUGAUGUGGAAUACAUUUUGUUAACAGUGACCUCGGCUUUAAAGUUCCCAAGGCACCAGCAUUCCAGAGUUGUACAUUUCAGCAGCCCUGGUUUUCAAUCUAAUGUAACUAAAACUCAAGUUCAGACAUUGAUUGACUGGUUUCCAGACAACAGGAGCUGGAAAUCUAACCCCCUCACAAGGCUGGUUAUAAUAGGCACACACAGGAUCAGAUUCCUCAUGACAUGCAGAUACAGCUGCUUUCAAAACUUAGAAGUGAAUAAUGCCUACUACGCGACACGCUAGUUUUGAUUGAUUCCUCUGCCUGAGACGAUUUAAAUCUAUUUCCAGGCAACUGCCCUACCCACUAAGCAACAAACUCGUGCUACUUUCCUUCUGGUGUCUUUAGCCCAGUGUAACUGUGACUAUUGUCUGUAGGUGAAAGCAUCAAGCAGAAAGGUAAGUAGUGCACAUACACCAAUAGCCAACAGCUGAGAAACGAGCACUCUCUUGGAAGGAGAAAAGGGAAUUGAACCACAUACGCUCUGAUCACUAGACACCUCUUCUCUGUGGGCCUCGUUUCUAAGGUUAAAACACAGCACUUCUAAAGGGCAAAGACCUACUUUCAGAAGAGCUCAAGGACCACGAGGCUCAAAUGAAUACAGACACACAGCCUCAGCAGCUCCCAUCUGAACUACAUGAGGUAGAUAUUCACUGACACAAGGAGACAUUGGUUUCAGUCUCAUGCACUGCAGAAAAAUGUACAUGGCUCAGGGAUCUGGAAAUUUUUGGCAUGUAAGUCCUUCGUAGGAUCUCAUGUUCAUAAAUCCUAAUAUCAUGAAACAGUUAAAUGCAACAGUCAUCUUUAAAAUAGAUAAAACGAUACAUCUGUGCUAACAUUUUCAGUUCCCACACCUGUAAGUAUUUCUAUCAAGAAAGUGACCACACACAAAAAAAAGGGGGGGGGG